UUGCAUACAGAUGAGUUGGCAGCCGGUCUGAGCUGACCCACAGACUCAUAAAAACUAACAGGGCCCAGGGCCCCUUCACCCAUGCCAUCCAAACUCUUGGGACCAAAGGUGCAAGGACUCAUUCACAUCAGGGACCUGGCUGCUUUCUCGGAGACCAAGGAACUGAGCUUUUGUCUCUGCAUUCAUGCUGGCAAUCCAUGAGAUUAGUGUGUUGACAGAAAGAAUGUUCAAGCAUCUUCGGAAAUGGUUUGUCACUUGCUUUUUUGGGCGUUCUCGGCGGAGAGCGAGGCUGGUCUCCAAAGAUGGAAGGUGCAACAUUGAAUUUGGCAACGUGGAGGCACAGUCGAGGCUGAUAUUCUUUGUGGACAUAUGGACGACUGUGCUGGACCUCAAGUGGAGAUACAAAAUGACCAUCUUCAUUACAGCCUUCUUGGGCAGCUGGUUCUUCUUUGGCCUCCUGUGGUACGUGGUCGCCUACAUCCACAAAGACCUCCCUGAGUUCCAUCCCCCUGCCAACCACACCCCUUGUGUGGAACACAUUAAUGGCUUGACCUCAGCUUUUCUGUUUUCUCUGGAAACGCAAGUGACCAUUGGCUAUGGAUUCAGGUGUGUGACAGAACAGUGUGGUACUGCCAUUUUUCUGCUCAUCUUCCAGUCUAUACUCGGAGUCAUCAUCAAUUCUUUCAUGUGUGGUGCUAUUUUAGCCAAGAUCUCCAGACCCAAAAAACGUGCCAAGACCAUUACUUUCAGCAAGAAUGCAGUGAUCAGCAAGCGGGGUGGGAAGCUUUGUCUCCUGAUCCGAGUGGCUAAUCUUCGGAAGAGCCUCCUCAUUGGCAGUCACAUAUAUGGAAAGCUUCUGAGGACCACCAUCACUCCUGAAGGAGAGACCAUCAUUUUGGACCAGAUCAAUAUCAACUUUGUGGUUGACGCAGGGAAUGAAAAUUUAUUCUUCAUCUCCCCACUGACGAUUUACCAUGUUAUUGAUCACACCAGCCCCUUCUUCCACAUGGCAGCAGAAACCCUUCCCCAGCAGGACUUUGAACUAGUGGUGUUUUUAGAUGGCACAGUGGAGUCAACCAGUGCCACCUGCCAAGUCCGGACAUCCUACGUCCCAGAAGAGGUGCUCUGGGGUUACCGUUUUGCUCCCAUAGUGUCCAAGACCAAAGAAGGGAAAUACCGAGUGGAUUUCCAUAACUUUAGCAAGACCGUGGAAGUGGAGACACCUCACUGUGCCAUGUGCCUUUAUAAUGAGAAAGACGCUCAAGCCAAGAUGAAAAGAGGCUAUGACAACCCCAACUUCGUCUUGUCGGAAGUCAAUGAAACAGACGACACCAAAAUGUAACACUGAGUUUUCAACAUGAUUAGAGUGAAAUCUUGACGAUACCUAGUUGACUAGAAACAUUAUGAAACAAUCAACAAUUUGAGGUAUGACAGUAGGACAAAAGCCUUUAAAGUCUCCCUGCACCGUGUCCCUGAACCCCAAAACCGUGAUCCUACAAGACACACAGCUCUACAAGUUAAUUGCAUGAGAACAUGAGAUGGAUUUCUAGGAAACUG